AUGUUUAACAUAAUAUCGGAUGUGGAGCAAUAUUCGGAGUUCCUUCCAUGGUGUUUGGAUUCCACAAUCGUAAAGACUGAUCCUGUAAAGGGCAAGCUUUGCCGUCUUCAAAUAGGGUUUUAUCCAUUCAAGGAAAGCUAUGAUUCUUGGGUUACGAUUGUUCGACCAACCAUGGUUAAGUCAAUCGCCACCAACAGCGACCUAUUUGAAUUCCUGAUUAACGAAUGGAAAAUUAUGCCCGGUUUGCCUGAUAACGAAAAUACGUGCCUAGUCGAACUCCUCGUGGACUUCAAGUUUCGCUCGAGACUGCACUCACGAAUUAGUGGGCUUUUCUUCGAUCAGGUUAUUAACACGAUGGUGGGUGCCUUUAUGUGUCGUGCUACUACUCUUCACGGCAACGGUUCUAUUCCCCAGCAGGCUCCCAAAAUUUUGCAGUACUCAAGAUAA